AUAAAGAGGGCGAUGAGUCAAAAGUAUACCCUGACAGUCAAAAAUCGAAUUCCUCGACUGAUUGGAAUGCUGUCGAGAUCAAAGGAGAAAUUUCCUUAGUGUUUCUUCUGCUUAAAGAGUUCGAGUUUUUCGUAAGAAGCACCGACAGGAUGUCAGAACCUGUGAAGAAGGAUUCGCCGGAGUAUUCGUACUUCUUUGGAGCAAUGGGAGCGGCCUCUGCGAUCAUAUUCUCCGCCCUGGGAGCCGCCUAUGGAACGGCCAAGUCCGGCACGGGAAUAGCGGCCAUGGCCGUAAUGCGCCCGGAGCUGAUAAUGAAGUCCAUCAUUCCGGUAGUGAUGGCCGGCAUUAUAGCCAUCUACGGACUGGUGGUGUCGGUCCUGAUUGCCGGAUCGCUCUCGGAAAGCUACACCACUCGAAAGGGCUACAUCCACCUGGCCGCCGGACUAUCCGUGGGAUUUGCCGGACUGGCGGCGGGCUUUGCCAUUGGGAUUGUGGGAGAUGCCGGAGUGCGGGGAACUGCCCAGCAGCCCCGCCUCUUCGUGGGCAUGAUCCUGAUCCUGAUUUUCGCCGAGGUCCUGGGUCUAUAUGGCCUGAUUGUGGCCAUUUACUUGUACACCAAGUAGAGACUUUUACUUUUAAAAUAUAACAUUUGAACUGUGGAGAUUAGAA